AUGUCUGACCCAGUGACUACUGUCCCAUUAUUGGAAAUUCAUGCAGACAUCAUCAAGAUGAUUUGUAGUGAAUAUUUGCCUCCUCUUCCAACCUUGUUUUUAUACCAGAGAGUUUGUAAAUCAUGGCAACAGAGUCUGAUCACGGUAUUGGAAGAACAAGGUCCAUCAUUAUUCAAGCAUUUACAUUUCGGAAUCAACAUGUUGACUCCCUUGCUGGCAGUUGUGAGAGAAGAUGUUGCCGUUCAAGAAGAAGAAGAGAAAGAAAGAAAGAAAUUUCAAAAGAAAUCCAGAUAUGAUGAGGAAAAUACAAGUGAGAGUAAACCAGAGCAGGAUGAUGAAGCCACACCAACAGAGAUCAUCAUGGAAUCCAAUGAUGAUUUCAUUGUUAUUGAUCGCAACAUCAUAAUCAAACGAAACUCACAUACUUACUUUCACUCUUUUUUGGACAGCUUUAACAAAUUUGGUAUUGGUCAACAUGUCCUUCAAAUCACUCUUCCUUCGAUUCGAAUUAGCAAUGAAUUAAUUUAUUUGCUGUGCAAAUAUUUUGUGAAUUUACAGCAUGUCGUCUUUGCUUUGUGUGAACCAGCUAGCUAUCGAAACAAAAAUCGAUGGGAGAACAUUGAAUGGAGAAAAAUUGGGCUCGAGCUGUCAAAAGAAAGAACAACAACAGAUGGCAGUGAUGCAAUAGUUGCUCCUUAUUCUAUUACAAAGAUUACCUUUAUAACGCAUCAAAGUAUGGAAGAGGAACAAGACAUUGACUCGAUCAUGUAUUACCUGUUGGAAACAUUCAUUCAGAACAAAGAUGAUUUUGAUUUUUAUUACGCAAAGGAAUCUUGUCCAGAUUGGUUGCAAUUCAUAGAUCUGAUUGAAUAUGACGAUCCAAAUUACAUUUUCUUGUUGAAAAGACACUCCAUUGAGAAUGAAAUUCCAAGAGAGGUGCAUGCGCAAAGGUUUUUAAUUGACAUGUCCAUGUGGGAUGAUUUUGACAAUGAUGAGUUUGAUGAGACUUAUAUACAUCCAGUGAUUAAUAUCUUAACAGAAAAUUGGAAAGGUGACAUUGAACAUUUUUACAGAGCUAAUGUACUACCGGUUCAUUAUAUUCUCUCAUCUCGUUUAGGAUACAAUAUUGGUCACGCUCUAGCUGCAUCUUUAUGGACGAAUCUGCAUGAAAACAUAAAUCAUAAAAGAUUAACAGAAGAGAAUAUCACAAAAUGGAGAAAUGGACAAAAAGUCAAAGAUGUAAUGGCAGGAUUGAAGUAUUUAAUCAAUAGAGGAUUGGAUGUUGUGAAAAACAAAGACAAGUUCAAAGGACUUUCCAUUCUUCAGAUGAUACACUUAUCCGAUCAGCUUGUGAAAAGCCAAGAUUGGAAAACCUCUUAUCCAACACUGCUUGAUGAGGUGAAAGAAAUGAUAAAAUUAUAUUCCGUGAUGUCGAAUAAUGACAUUCCAGAGAUCAUUAUGGUUGAAGAGAAGAAACAUUCAAAGAAAAGAAAAAAGGAGGAGGAAGAAUAUGUUUUUGAAGAAGAAUCAAACGACGAAGAUGAUGAUGGCGACUAUGAUGAAGAAGAGGAAGAAGAUUACGCACCAAAGAAAAAGAAAAAGUCUUCCAACUCGUCAAGAAAAACAUCCAAUCGAAAAAAAAAGAAAUAA